UAUUAUUUAUUGCAACUGGUACUUAUUGUUUCAUGUUAAACUCAUCUUGCUCUAUAUCGAAGAAUGAAGUGACAGUUAACAGUCGAAGAAAACAAAAACAAACGAAGAUGGUUUGCGAAAAAUGUGAGAAGAAACUUGGAAAAGUAAUAACACCAGACCCAUGGAAAACAGGAGCCAGAAAUAUAACUGAGGGUGGAGGAAGAAAGAUUGGUGAAAACAAAGCUCUAACAGCAAAGAAAAACAGAUUUGCUCCAUAUGAAGGAUUUGCUAAGUGUAAAAUAUGUAGAUCAUCAGUUCAUCAGAAAGGAUCUCAUUAUUGCCAAGGAUGUGCCUACAAAAAAGGUAUUUGUGCAAUGUGUGGAAAAAAAAUAAUAGAGACAAAGAACUACAGACAAACAUCAGUAUGAUAUUGGUGAUAAUGACAAUGUUUAGUGAUAAUUACAAUGAUAGAUGAUAAUUACCUGUAUGGUGAUGAUUACCAGGUGUAGUUAUAAUUACAAUGUGUAGUUAUAACUACAAUGUGUGGUGAAAAUUACAUUGUGUAAUAAUGAUUACAAUUUGUAUUUUGAUCUUUUACAUUUUCUGAGCUUGAAAGCAAAAAGAAAUGACAAACAUGUGUACCACAUAUAUGUAUUAAUAGUUUAAUAUGGUUAAAAAUCAUUUUGUGAUCUGGAUAGUAUCUUAGUUUAUUAAGGUCAGGGACCUUUUUCAUGACAAACUUUAAGGACACUCAAUGAUUUGGACAUCAAGUCAAACAAAUCUUCCAAAGCAUUUGUUUCAUUUAAAUGAUAAGGAUAAUUCAGAAUAAUUUAAUUUUGGAUGUAACACGUUGUCUGAUUUGCUGAUGUUAUUUUGAUAUCAGCCCAUGGACAUAUUUUAGACGUGUGACCAUGAUGUCAUCAACGAUUUUUCAUGGUUUUCUACGGUUUAAAAUGGAAAUUAGAAUUAUAUCAUAAGAUAUGACUGUAAUAUUUUUUCUGUCUAUUCGAAAUAGCAUAAAGAGUGUGGUGCACACUGUUAAAUAACCCGCUACACGCAUUAUUCAGUGUGCACCAAAAUUUUUAUGUUAUUUCUUCAUAGACAGAAAAAAAUAUUAUAGUUAUUCCUUAAAUAAACGACUUUUUCAGACUUUUGCUAAAAUGAUUACCUCCCGUUUGUGUAAAGAAAGAAAACAGAUGGGGAAUUUGAAAUGUUUAUUACUAUUAAAAUUAGAAACAUUUUUACCUUAAAGAAUGAAAAAGAGAAGAAUUCAAAUAACAUCCAGCUUUAAUUUAUGUUCGUAAUUUUUAUAUAGGAUUUUUUGUCACCAUUGAAUUGUAUUUAUAAUUUCAAGACAUGAUUUUACAUUGUUGAAAAGAGGAGAAAAAUAUACAUUUCAUUAUCAUGUACUUAUUUAGAGGAAGAGAUAUUGUUUGUGUGUCUUUGCAUACAAGAUGAUAAUUAUUUAAUAUGUGAAAGUGAAAGUGUGCAUUUGUAUCAUUUAUAUUUAAAAAGUUGUUUGUUGAUAAUGUGUCAGUGUGAGUGCUUUUGUUUAUCAAGUUAGAAGGACCCUGUUUUUUUUUUCAAAGAUGUUUAUUUUCAAGGAAUUUAAUUAUAAGUGGAAAGAAUUGUACUUAAAGGACACUACUCAAACAAAUUACUCUGAUUUUUUUUUUAUUGAAAACUGGGGAUACUGACAAUGAUCUUGCUUUCUCAACUUUUCAAAAAAUAAUGCAAAAUCAGGUAGAUUUGCAACUACAUUGAUUCAUUCAGUUUAAUUAAAUUUUUUUCAAAUUUUUCCCUUGAAUUGACAAACAUACUACAGAUUGUUAAUCUUUAACUCGGGACUGUAUUGCCAAUAUAUGUCUUUGAGAUUUAGAAAUGUGAGAGAUAAUGUAAUCUGUAAUCUGUUUUUUUUUAUGUUUUUUUUUUGCCCAAUGUUGAGGCAUUAUGUUUUUCGGUCUGUUGGUUCAUUCAUCAGUUUGUCCAGUCAAGGUAGUUUUUGAUGAAGUUGAAGUUCAAUCAACUUGAAACUUGAAUACAUAUGCUCCUUAAGGUAUGAUAUUUUUUAUAAAAAAAAUCAUGGGCCUCUAAAUAUAUUAAGUAAUAUUGCAAGUGGGGCAUCCAUGUACUAUGAACACAUUAUUGUUUUCUUAUUUUUUAACCUAAAAAUAUGUGAUCAUGACUAAUUAAAAAUGUUCAUUAUAAGUAUUGAAUUCAAAAUUCUUUGAAAAAAGUUAGAAAUUAAAAGUUGUAUAAGUUUAACUAAUAAAGAAAAAGGUA